CUGCAGGCAGCGUGGUCAAGGGCACCGGCUGAAAGAGACCAGAUAGCAAGGAAGCUGCACGGAGAGGGACCGCGUGUCAAAGACUGUCACAGAAGAAGUCAGAGAAGAGUCCUGUGAAGCAGCAAUGGACCAAGCAAGGUCAACAAUAUCCAAAAUUUUUAAUGGAGAGCCACACUCCUACACACGUUUCAACCUGACCCAGAACAUGGAAGGCGAUAACAGCCAGGUGGAGAUGAAGCUGUCGUCUGACAUGGAUGAGGAAGUUGGGGGAAAUGGCGUUGGAGACCACCUCAAUCACAACUCCAACCGCAAACCUUACAUGGCUCAAAAGCUUGGCCGCACCCCCAAGAACCUCUGCUUCAUGGCAGCCGCCACCCUCCUCAUCUUCAUCAUCGGGUACUUGAUUGGCUAUCUGGUUCAUCGGAAGAAGGACUUGGCUCCAAGCUGUGCACCCUCCGUGCUCCCUGUUGAAGAACCUGUUCCCCACGAGACAGGUGCUGCCCCCCUCAUGGACUGGGACGAUGUGAAAAACCUCCUCGCUCAAAAACUCAGUCCAUCCAAAUUUGAAACUGUCUUCAGUGAGUUUUCCAGUUCAAGCCAUCGGGCCGGUUCUCCAGGUGAUGAUGAUCUGGGUAACCAGGUACUCAGCAAGUUUAAAGAGAACGGCAUGAACACCUGGACUGAUGAGCACUUUGUUAAGGUUCAGGACGCCCCAGUUUCUGGCUACAAUAGAUUUGUUUUCAAGAAUGGGAAUGAGGAGCGUCCAAAUGGAUUCCUGUCCUACAGUGCCAAUGGAACAGUAAAGGGUGCUGUCUUGUAUGCACAUUACGGGCAGGAAAGUGACUUCAGGAUGCUGCGGGAUAAGAACAUCAAUCUGAGCGACAGAGUCAUUUUGGUCAGAGCUGGUAGGAUCACCUUUGCUGAGAAGGUAGCCAAUGCUGCCAAAAUGAAUGCCUCUGCUGUGCUGAUCUACCCAGACCCCGACGAUUACUCUAUAGAAGCAGACAUUCAGCUCUUUGGACAUGUCCACAAGGGUUCAGGGGAUCCCUACACCCCAGGCUUCCCCUCCUUCAACCACACCCAGUUUCCACCUGUCCAGUCUUCAGGCCUGCCAAACAUCUUGGCUCAGACGAUCACAGCACGCAUGGCUGCCAGCAUUCUCAGGCAGCUUGGGGGUCAGAGUGUGCCGGAAGGGUGGAGAGGCAUCAACAGACUUGGAGAAGAGAGCGACGUAAUUACUGUGGAUGUCAACAACGUUCUUACUGAGAAGAGGAUAAAUAAUGUCUUUGGGGUCAUCAAAGGCUUUGUGGAUGCAGACCGGUAUGUGGUUAUCGGUGCCCAAAGGGAUGCUUGGGGUCCAGGUUUUGCCACGUCAACCGUCGGCACCAGCGCCCUCGUUGAGCUGGCUCGUUCCAUCUCCGACAUGGUGAAGAAUGAUGGAUUCAAGCCAAGGAGAAGCAUUGUGUUUGCUAGCUGGAGUGCUGGAGAAUAUGGGAGUGUUGGCGCCACUGAGUGGUUGGAGGGCUAUCUUUCUUCUCUGAACAUGAAAGCCUUCUCCUACAUCAACUUGGAUGGAAUUGUAGCAGGUCGGAAUGCAUUUAAAGUAGCAGGCAGUCCCUUGAUGCACAGCCUGAUCGAGAGUGCUCUGAAUGAGGUGAACUCUCUAAACAAGGCUGAGUCUCUGUCUUUGCAGUUUGCAAAGGGCAACUGGCAAACAAACAUGUUGGAGCCUCUGAAGUUGGAUAAUGCUGCGUAUCCUUUCCUGGCCUUUUCUGGCAUUCCCUCAGUCUCAUUCAGAUUCACCUCUGGUAGUUCAGAGUACCCGUUCUUUGGCACAAUGCUGGACACCCGGGACAAACUGAACUCAGCCACGUCUCAUCAGGUUCCUCAGCUGGCUGAAAUAGCGACCCGGUUCGCAGGUCACAUCGUGCUGAGGCUGGUCCAUGAUCAUCUGCUGAGGAUGGACGUGAUGAAGUACGACAAGAUAAUACGUUCUCACGUGGGUCGGAUCAAUGGCAAAGUUAAAGAUAUUCGGAGGCUGCAGCCCCAGCUGUUUCCCAAGGCCCUGACAGUGCAGUGGUUGAUCUUGGCCUCUGGCUCAUACAGCCGCGCUUCUCGCAACCUGGUACUAGACAUCCAGAACAGCGACUUGGACGACAUCGAGAUGUGCCGCAUCAUUAAUGACCGCAUCAUGGCGGUGGAAAGGAACUUCCUGUCGCCCUAUACGUCCCCCAGAGAGAGGCCCUUCCGCCACAUCCUGCUGGGCUCCGGCCCCCACACUCUCGAGGCUCUGUCCAACCACCUCGACGCCUUCAGGACUGACCACCCCGAGGCAGACGCCGACCUGUUCCACAACCAGUUUGCCCUGGCGACCUGGACCAUUCAGGGCUGUGCCAACUCACUAGCAGGGGACAUCUGGUCUUUGGAUAAUGAAAUCUAAAAAGUAAUCUCCCCCCUCCUCCCUUGUUCGUGGUUUGGCCCUCGUAUCACAUCUGGCAGUGUGGAAACCAGUAGGCUAUGAUGAUUAAUCAACAGUCACAAUUGCAGUUUAAAAAAAAAAAAUUAACUUAAGGUGAUUGAGGAAAUGAUAAAUGUGGAGCUGUUUCUAAAUGUAUUCCAACAUCACAGUCAUCACCUCUGAUCCAUCAUUUUCAACAUCUCAGUCAUAAGUUGCCUCAUCUCUGUUCUUUCUGAAAUUCUCCAUAAAGCCAAACAUCACUGAUAUAAUGUACUUAAGCCUUCCGCCUUAACAAAAAUACAGUUUAGACGGUCGUUCUUUUUUUCCCGACUUUGGAAGGAAAAAGAAUUUCAUAGUUUUAACAUGUGGUGCUUAAAUACUGCGUUUUGAAUACUUUGGUGCUAGUAACGACUACCGUCACACGGCCAUGUCAUGUGGCAGUAUGACUUAAAUUGAUGUUACCCUACAAUUGAGUUGAAUGUAGUGAAAGUGACGCUUUUUCAGCACAGUACCAGGUCACGAUCACAUGAAAUGCUGCGUGAGCUCAGAUUAAUAAAACACAAACAGGGAAGUAUGAUGUAAUAAGCUAAGGACUUUCCAUUUGUUUACCAUAAUUACUACAAAUCAAAACUGCUGGUGUUUCCACUGCUGCUGGAGACUGGUGAUCAAACCUGAGCUGGUUUAUGUUGGUAGCUAUAAUUUCAUACUGUGCUGAAAUCUGCUGCUCCACUCAUUGUCAGAGAUUCAGAAGUUGCUGAAAAGGGCAGAAGAUUCAUAAACAGUGCAGCCGUUGUGCUGCACAGAACGCACCUCGAGGUACAUUUUGGACAAUCAGCUGUCGUUACUCUGCACCGUUUAAUACUUGUGCUGCCUUAGUCUUUUGAGAAAAGUCCGAAUUGCACACAACAACAAAAUAAAAACACUUGAAUUGGUUAAUUACCUGAAUCGUCUACAUCCUGACAUGAGAGGAAAUCUGAGCAAGCCUUUCAAAAACCAAGGGAGAAGGUCUCUAAUCAUGUCGCACUGAAACAGAAAUCGUACGUCUAUUUAUUGUGUUAUUUAUUUAUCAGUGGCAGGGUUCACUAUAAAUAGUUUUUUAAUUGCCUUUUAUAAAAAAACAAUGUAUAAUUAUCGGAAGCAGUGCCUUCCAUAAUUAUGACAGUUAUACUGUCGAAUUGACAAAAGCAGCAUCUGCUAAAAAGAAGUGUACAUGUUGACCGACGGCCAGUACUGGACAAACCACACGACUCUGAGGUCAUGGUUUUUAUUCCUCCUAACUGACACUGGAUUGGUCCUUUAGGCAAGACCAGCUCACACAGCACACCUUGGAAAAUAUUUACUGAUAACUGGCUGCCUGUCAGUACCGGUCCCUUGGUCCAUGCACACUUCUCGUCCUGACGGCAUUAUCGGGAGCAGUGUCUUCCAUAAUGUGGAAAAAAAGAAGGUAGUUUUUGCCUACCGGCGUGUGUCCAUAUCGGAGGCAGUGCCCUCCAUAUUUCACUGUAGGGGUGGUUGUUUUUAUUAUCGGGAACAGUGUUUCCCAUAAUGUGUAUAUAUACAGUACAUUGCUACACCAUGCACAUGUUGCCCGUGUCUUUAGAUCCUUUCUGUAUGUUUCCAUGCUGAUGUACUCUGUAGUUUCCUCUAAGGCCUGCAGCUUCUGUCCACAGAUCUGACAGAUACUGAUGAGUUUUACAAACCCGAUUCCAGGAAAGCCAGGAAGCAGCGUAAAACAACUGAAACAGAUUGUGAUAGCUUGCUUAUCCUUUUUGACAAAUACUCAAUUGAAAACAGUACGAAGACAAUACACUUAAUGUUUUACCUCAUCAGCUUCAUUGACUUUUUUGUAAAUAUCUGCUUAUUCUGAAUUUGAUGCAGCAACACGUUUCAAACAAGUUGAGACAGGAGCAACAAAAGACUGGGGAAGCUGUGAAAACAUGUCCCGUCUGUUUCCUCAGUGAGGCAAAGAAGCUGCAGGUCUUUAACUUCUCAUUUUAAUCAAAUGCUGAUAACGUGUCGUCUUCGGGCCUUAUAUGCAGCUGAUAUGGAAGGUCUUUUGCUUUAAAGAAAAAAAUGUUACAAACACGUUGGGGACCACUGGUUACAGCAGUGUGGUCCAGUAUUUCCAGUAAAGAUCAUCACUCUGCAAAGUGGGUUUUUGUUUUAAAAUGAUUGUCAGUGUGAAAGUACAUUCUGCCUUCUAUUUUGUUGUGUUCAUUCAUUCUUGUUUGAGAUUUCCUUUGUGCCUUUCUUGUUUCGUGACUGCAUUAUAGAGCUGAGUUCCUACAUACAGUACAGUACUUAAAGAAGUUUUGGAUGUAUAUUUGUUUUUUAGUUUUGACAUUUCUGUAUUUUUAUUUUUUUUUUUUGCUCCUGUUGUCUGCUAGAAUCAAGUUACUGGUUUAAAAGCCUGUUAUGCUACAACACCAUUUAGAUAAAACUACGGGAAAAUUGGAUAUAUUUGUGAUUUAAAAAUGACACAGUGAAUGGUAAAGUAGUUGGUAUGGUCCUCCUUUAGCUAAUCUAACUCUGGUCACUCACUGUUUUUAUUGAUUUUUAUUAUGAGAAACCACCAACCAAGUCUGCGUGUUUAAACUAAUAUGCUGGCCUGUAAUGAGGCACGAGCUGGUGGUUGCAUUUCUAAUAUUGGCAUCUUGUGGAGAACUCUCAAAAGUCAAAACUGUCUUUAUGAGGAUGCAGACGUAGGAAUUGAUCUGCAAAUUUGGUCUUUGGUGAGCUUUCAGCAUUUUUACAAUGUGGGUGAAGAAUAUGCUUGGAAAUUGUUAAAAUAAAGCUUUUUUUUCUCAAACUGUACACAUGUUUGCUAAGCUUUAUGUUUUCGUUGCUGCAAUAAACAAUCACA